GUAAUAUUGUGAUCAGUACUGAUUAGUUUCAUGAUGGAUGGGGAACCAUGCUGUUGUAUGGCACAUAGCUACCGGCAGACUAAAUUAAUGGAGCUGGAAUCCAAAAGAACCAGGUUCACCCAUCAGUAGAUGUUCUUUAAUUUCUACCAAGAUAAAGCAGGAAAUCAUCUCAGUGCCCUCUGCUCUAAUUUUCAAGAUGCUGCUGCCAUUGUAAAAGCUCUAACUUGGCAAGAGUAGGAGCAUUGUUUUCUAUCAAUGAAGGGGAACAAUCUGAGUAAGGAAGCUGCAUUAUGGUGAGGGGGGGUGGUGAGAAGUGAUGAGUGAAGGAAGAAGGAAGCUUUGGAUAACAUUUCUUCAUGCUUGUUAGAUUAGGCUUCCUGGUUGCUGCCUCCGUCGCAGCUUAUACAGUUAAGCAGGUUAACUGUGCAAGGCCAUGUCGCAUAAAGCCUUCAGAGAAUGGGGAAGCAAACCAAAAGCCUGAUUGGAAAGAAGAAAGGCAGGGUGAGCAGGACCCAGAUUCUGAUGUUAAUCAAAGGAAGGAUCAUGGGAAGGAAGAAGAGGAGGAGGAAGAGGUCAAAACAAUUAGCAAUCUCAUUAGCCCAGCUCAGGGUCCUGCAGCUCGUGCCCUUGGUCAAAUUGAGGAUGAAGAUGACGUGCUGCCUGAGUUUGAAAACCUUCUAUCUGGAGAGAUAGAAUUCCCGUUAUCCAGCAAUAAAUUUGAUUUCAUAGACAAAUCCCAAUAUGAUAUUGAGAUGGCCAACAAUGACUCUGAAUUGGAGAGGUUACGAAACUUGGUGAAAGAAUUGGAGGAGCGUGAGGUGAAGCUUGAAGGAGAAUUACUUGAGUAUUAUGGCCUUAAAGAACAGGAAUCAGAUAUCGCUGAGUUGCAGAAGCAACUAAAGAUUAAGAUGGUUGAGAUUGACAUGCUAAACAUUACUAUUAACUCAUUACAAGCUGAGAGGAAGAAGCUCCAAGAAGAGAUUGCGUUAGGUGCUUUAGCAAGGAAGGAAUUGGAGGUGGCAAGAAAUAAGAUCAAGGAGCUUCAGCGGCAGAUUGAGCUUGAUGCUAGCCAGACCAAAGGGCACUUGCUGUUGCUGAAACAGCAAGUUACCAGCCUCCAGGAAAAAGAGGAGGCAGCCUCGAAGAAAGAUGCUGAAGUGGAGAAGAAGCUCAAAGCUGUGAAGGAGAUGGAGGUGGAGCUAGUUGAGCUGAGGAGGAGAAACAAAGAACUGCAGCAUGAGAAGAGAGAGCUAAUGAUAAAACUGGAUGCAGCUGAAACCAGAGUGGCAGAACUCUCCAACAUGACAGAGAGUGAUUUGGUUGCUAGGGCAAGGGAGGAGAUUAAUAAUUUAAGGCAUGCCAACGAAGAUCUCACAAAGCAAGUGGAAGGUCUACAGAUUAACAGGUUCAGUGAGGUAGAGGAAUUGGUGUACCUACGCUGGGUAAAUGCAUGCUUGAGAUAUGAACUUCGGAAUUAUCAAACACCAUCUGGGAAGAUCUCAGCACGCGAUCUUAGCAAGAGUUUGAGCCCCAAGUCCCAAGAGAGAGCUAAACGGCUGAUGCUAGAGUAUGCAGGAUCUGAACGUGGACAAGGUGACACUGAUCUCGACAGUGUUUCCUCCAUUCCUUCUUCACCUGGUAGCGAAGACUUUGACAAUGCUUCCAUCGAUAGCUCGUCCAGUAGAUACAGUUCCAUGAGCAAGAAGCCGAGUCUAAUUCAGAAGCUCAAGAAAUGGGGAAAGAGCAAGGAUGAUGCAAGCGUCUUAGCCUCACCAACACGGUCUAUAGGAGCAAGCUCGCCAAUGAGGACGAGCAUCAACCGAAGAUCAAGGGGCCCGUUGGAAGCUCUAAUGCUAAGAAAUGCUGGAGAUGGUGUUGCCAUCACCACAUUUGGGAAGAAUGACCAAGAUCCAAAUGACUUCUUAGACCAAGUGAAUCUUCCACGCAUAAGAACCCAGGUUUCUUCUGGCGAUGAACUAAACAACGUGGCUGCUUCUUUCCACCUGAUGUCCAGAUCCGUUGAAGGUGUGGCCGAGGACAAGUAUCCUGCAUUCAAGGACCGGCACAAACUAGCAUUGGAGAGAGAGAAGGCAAUCAAGGAGAAGGCACAGCAAGCUAGAGCAGAAAGAUUUGGUGAUGGUUCAGCUUUCAGUUCAAACUUCGAGUCUAGAGCUAAGGCAGAGAGGGAAAAACCCGUAACUUUACCCCCUAAACUUGCACAGAUAAAGGAGAAAGUUCCUGGACCUACUGAUUCAAGCGAGAAGUCCAAUGAUAGCAAGGUUGAUAGCCCAAUAGUUAGCAAGAUAAAACUUUCACACAUUGAGAAGAGGGCUCCAAGGAUGCCCAGGCCGCCACCUACGAGAUCAGGUGGCGCUCCUGGCCAUAACAGCCCGUCGAGUGGUUUGCCACCGCCACCGCCACCUCCACGUCCACCAUUGCCCCCAGGUGCACCACCACCACCACCCCCACCUGGGGUGCCUGGUGGCCCACCACGCCCUCCUCCUCCUCCUCCAGGAGUUCCAUUGAAAGGUCCAUCGGGGGGCGAUAAAGUUCACCGCGCCCCUGAGCUGGUUGAGUUCUAUCAAUCUCUGAUGAAGCGUGAAGCAAAGAAGGAUACAGCAAACAUGGCUUCCUCGACAUCCAGUGCUGCAGAUAUUAGAAGCAGUAUGAUUGGGGAGAUUGAAAACCGUUCAGCAUUUCUUCUAGCUGUGAAAGCUGAUGUGGAGACACAGGGUGAUUUUGUCCGGUCCUUGGCUACUGAGGUUCGAGCUGGAACUUUUACAAAUAUUGAUGAUGUUGUUUCAUUUGUCAACUGGUUGGACGAGGAACUCUCCUUCUUGGUUGAUGAACGAGCAGUUCUUAAACACUUUGAUUGGCCUGAAAGUAAAGCUGAUGCUUUGAGGGAGGCAGCUUUUGAAUAUCAAGACCUGAUGAAGCUAGAGAAACAAAUUUCAUCUUUUGUUGAUGAUCCAAAAAUUCCUUGCGAAGCUGCUCUCAAGAAAAUGUAUUCAUUGCUUGAAAAGAUGGAACAAAGUGUCUACGCACUGCUACGUACUCGAGAUAUGGCUAUCUCACGCUACAGAGAGUAUGGGAUUCCAGUUGAUUGGUUGUCAGACUCAGGUGUAGUGGGCAAGAUUAAACUGUCAUCUGUUCAGCUGGCGAGGAAGUACAUGAAGAGGGUUGCCUCAGAGCUUGAUGCUUUGAGUGGUACCGAGAAAGAGCCAAACAGGGAAUUUUUGCUCCUCCAAGGUGUGCGGUUUGCCUUCAGGGUCCAUCAGUUUGCUGGAGGCUUUGAUGCAGAAAGCAUGAGAGCUUUUGAAGAGCUAAGAAGCCGGGUCAACACACAAACAACCGAGCCUCAGAAGCCUGAUACAUGAGUGGCUUGAUCAUUUCAUUCUCUAUUAUUUGUCUUCAAUCAUGUAUUGUACAUCUCAUUUUCCGAAUGUAAAAGAUGAAACAUGUCAAGAUACAUAUAUUGGUUUUGUUGGUUAUCAUUUCAUGCAUGUAUAGCUUUUACUCUAGUUAUCUCGAGGCUUAUAAUGCUUGGAACAAUGCUAAUUAUUUAGGCACCCCAGAGAAGCCGGGCAAGAUGAUCAUAGUUGUAUUGUUUUGUAUACAGAAACUACCUCAUCUAUUCUGCGUAAUUGGAUAUAUCAAAAAAUUUGAG